AGCUAGUAUAAAUUUAGCCUUUUCUACCACAGAAGAAGAGGCAAAACAGUUAAACAGGAAUUGCAGAGCUUAGGUUUUUUUUUUCCGACUGAGUUUGGAGUAACUUGCAACAUCCGUGAUCUUACAAAAGCUCCAAGGCAAAAUGGGUAUUCCAAAGAUUUCAAAUGACACUGACUUGCUUCACCCUCCUGCUGAGCUUGAGAAGCAAAAGCACAAGCUUAAGCGUUUGGUCCCGUCACCUGAUUCUACUUUUCUGGAUGUCAAAUGCCAAGGCUGCUUCCAAAUAACAACAAUUUUCAGCCACUCGCAAACCGUGGUUACAUGCCCCAAUUGCCAGCAAGUGUUAAGCCAGCCAACUGGUGGGCGUGUAAAACUCACUGAAGGAUGCUCUUUUAGGGUUAAAGAGAAGGCUAUGAAGGUCUUGGGUCGAUAAUUGCUAGAGGGGGGGGGGGGGGUCUCGCUUUUGAGCUAUGAUAUAUUUUAAACUAGGUUUUUAAAGAAUGACUUGUUCAUGAGAACUUUUCCUUUGCUCAGUACUUCUUUGAUGACGUUCUGAUUAUAAUACUGUCCAUCUUAGUACUCUUGCCGCCUUUUGAAGUAAUUAAUCUUCUACACCUUGCUCUUGAUUUUAUCCUUUUUUAAAGUACUCCAUGUUUGAACAUUCAUGUGUUGGUUUUGAUGUUUAAUGCUAGAACUGCAUCUUGUUCUGAUUUAGCUGAAAUGCAUUGUUCUCAGUUCCAUUG